GCUCGUGGUUGAGCAUCAUCGCCUUCCGAGCCCGAGGUGUCAGUGCGACCUUGCCUAGGAGCAAUCCUAUCGACUGCUUUUUAUUCUUCCUCUCCGGCAGCCUUAACGCCUCGACCGAUCAUGAUGGUCGCUCACACCAGGAGCCUGCUGAUGGCUCUGUGUGCGGUGGUCCUGGCGACGGCUCAGGGACCUCCUCCACAAGCGAUUCCCGGCAGCGUGCCGUCCGGCAGCACGCCGCCAGCAGCACCGCAUCAGCAGCAGCCCCCGGCCAACGGACAACAGGCCAUGGACGCGUUCCACCAGAUGAUGAAUCUGGGCCAAGGAGGCCAGUUCCUCGACCUCAAUGCUAUGCUUAAGCACCACGCGGCCGCUAUGUCGCAGCUGCUCCAGACGGGCAGCCUGCCCUGCCCUCCUCCCGCCAUGUGGGACUUCGCCUCCGCCCAUCUCCAGCGUUGCGCUCAGGGUGGUGGGCCCCCGAUGCCCAUCCAGAUGAAUCUGGGCCAAGGAAUCCAGAACCUCGACCUCAAUGCCAUGCUGCAGCACCACGCGGCCGCUAUGUCGCAGCUGCUCCAGACGGGCAGCCUGCCCUGCCCUCCUCCCGCCAUGUGGGCCUUCAUCUCCGCCCAUCUCCAGCGUUGCACUCGGGGCGGUGGGUCCCCGAUGCCCGUCCAGCAACUGCCCGUGCGAGGGUUUCCGUUAUUCUCGCCGCCACAGAUUCCAAUCCAUUUGCCUAAUAUCCCAAUGAUGCCGCUUGACCCAAAUUUCCCACGUAUGCCGAAUAUGAAUCUCCGCUUCCGGCGCAGCCCAAUCCGCGGUGCUGGACCCGAUUCGGUGUCACCACGUCCUGACAAUCAGGAAGGGCCUAAGCAGGAAGGGCCCAAGCAGGAGAAGCCUAAGAACCCGAUCAGUGACAAAGGAGGGCCGGGAGACCACAUGCAUCCCAUUCCAGCUUAGGGUGGUGAAGGGGACCUUUUUGGGGCCAGUAGAUACGUGAAGCCAUCAACCCAGCAGUGCAGCCGCCCACGGUGAGGUAGAACAUUCAUCAGAUAAUGUCCAAGAUUUGGCAAGGACAAGCUUCCAUGACCCACCGACUGUCCAAAUGUUAAGCAUUUUAAAUAAAUUAUGCAGUAAAUGAUUAUUAUUAAUUAUAAUAAUGAUGCCAAUUAUUUAGGAAAGCAUCAAUGAGUUUGGCCAGUAAUUUUACGGAUAUUUUACAGAUUGGAGGAAACCAGGGUCAGCUACUGGGGCACGGUGCAAGUGGCUCAAUGGUUAACCCACUGAGCUAUGAACCAAUUGAUCUGAUUUUGAUUCCUGGCCUUGACUAACCUCAGUGGCGAGUGAUAUCUGAAUCGGUCUUGCCAACCCCCUCCCUGACCUCGUUACUCGUCCCUGCCAUGGGGCGAUGUUGCAGGCAGUAGAGGGCCGUGCAGCAAGAUCCACUGUUGUAUCGUGAUUCUAUGCUCCCAUAUCUGGUGCAUUCACCAACCCACACUGAGCAGUGCGGUGAAGUAUAGUAAACACACGAAACCCACGAUAGACAUUGUGUGGGAAGGAGGCCUUUAUUCAUCAGUGGCUUGACAAACGGCCGUACAUUCUUAUUAUUAUUAUUAAUAAUGAUUAUAUUUUAUUGAAUUUGCAGCAA